UGGGACAAGGAAGCAAAAAACGAGAGGAAACCGAGCAAUCAUACAACCCCAUCAUGCUGCGCAACGAGACUACGGGCGAGCAACUAACCAAGGAAGAGCUCACGCGAGGAUGGAGGAGCAAAAAGUAGCAGAGCGUGAAUUUGAGCUCACGAAAAGCGAAAACCCCCGGUACGAGACUCCGAUCGCCACCGCUACGGGAAGUCCUCCAGGCGCAGCACAUAUGACGUCGAUUACGUUUCUGAGCAACAUGACUAGGACCGGCGGCGCAAGCAGAGCUCCUCUAGGAACCGCGACAACAAACACAUGUCAUCGGGCCGGGACUGCAGCGAGACGGAUGAGGACAGACGCAGGCGGCGAAGGCGCGACAAGGGCUACGACAACUACGACCGCAGGGACAGUAAUCGGAAGCGGUCGCGAUAAAAGCAUGUGCAAGUUUACUUGGCUCUCUUAUCCGCGACUGAGUUGCAAUAAGUUGGUACGGAACGGGGGUAAGCGACCAGGUGCUGGACGUAGGUUUUCCAUGUCAAGUGGGGGUCGAGCCGACCCUACAAUGAUUACACGCUGGUAUAUCAUGUGUCGAAGGUACGAAAGGAGUUGAAGGAGCGGUGGAGGGCGUUUGACGGUAAGAGUGACUGUGGUGAGAUACCACG